AUUUUAUUUAUUAUCAAGAAAAUAGCAUAAGGUUGGGACAAAUUCGAGCUAUAGUUUUAGCAAAUGAAAUUCUAAAACUAAAGAUUCAAAAAAUUAUUAAAUUUGACGAACUUCCAAAAAAUAUUCAAAGCAACAAUCAUCAAGUUAGUUCUCAAUUAGGAGAG